AUGGUGAUGAUAUUUGGGACACCGUUUCUUGAUUCUAUGCUGGUCAAGAACGCACUCGAGAGUUUCUAUGGAAUUGGCAAGCUGCAUUCGACCCGUAUCCUGGCCAAAUACUUUAUAUUUCCACAGGCGCGACUUGGAUCACUUUCCAACAAAACUACUACUGCUCUAACCAAUGAACUUUCAAGCAUGACUAUCGAGACCGAGGCGCGCAUGAUUGUCCAGACUAACAUACUUCGUUUGAAGGAGAUGGGAAGUUACCGUGGUAGACGACAUGCCAUGGGCUUGCCUGUUCGAGGCCAACGGACGCGUUCACAGAUUGUUACUGCUAGGAAGUUAAACAAGUUGGAUAGACGAGGCUAA